AUGAAGUCGUACAUUGUCGCGGUGCUGGGGCUUUGGUUGCAUAUAGGAACUGCGCAGCAGGGCGUUGCUGCGAGCACGACGGAGACGAAGACGACUCUACCCCUCGAGAAGGUACCACGCCAUGCCCGGUGUGGGGAGGUGAAGCGGUCUGCCUGCAGACUGUCGGACAAAACUGCACGACCGUUUCGCUGCGGUCAUUCCGUUGAUAUUACCCGUGGCGGUGACGUCCACAAGAAUUCCGGCCCCGAGGUGGAUGGCUACAUCACUGUUUGGCAGCUCAACAUUGCAGGCCUCUCUUCCGUAAAAAAUAUUGCGUUUGCUGUGCGAUGGGAGCUGCCCCAACCUGACAUCGUUCUUCUCCAGGCAACAAAUAAUCGAAGCGCCAUAGAGGCAGAAUUAUCCGGCUGUAAUGGCUUUCUUCAGGCCCGCACUGGGCGCGGUGGUGGUGUUGCCGUUAUGGUGCGCCACUCUCUACCGUGCGAGCGCCUGUUGCUCCCUGGCACUGACCUCCUGGAGACCAUCGCUGUCCGUGUAUUUUCUCCGGGCUGUCCCAGCAUUUGCGUGGUGAAUUACCACAACCCUCCCAUGGAAACUGUUCAAGAAUCCGCAUUUAUUAAUAUCUUCCGUCGCUUGGGCCCCGCUGCGAUUAUCGCGGGUGACCCGAAUUGA